AAAAUAGAAAACAUACGAGCCUUCACACGAUUUUUUGUGCUCGGCCAAAGAGAAAAAAAAUAUAUCGAAAAUACUUUCAUUAGUUGCGUCGCAACGACAAAACAAAAUUUACUUUAUUUUGUGCGAAAAAAUUCGGAAUUUGUGUUUAAUCUGAAAAUAUCCCAUUCGAAAAGUGUAUUUUUACAUUGAAUUCCACAAAUUGAAUGUAAAGUCAUGUAAUCGUGUGUGUGAAAUAAAAUUGCGUAUUAUUAUUGUAUUUGAGUUAUGCAAAUAUAUUUAAUUGAAGCAAAAGAUUUGAUCGUUUAAAUGAAUGAAAAAUGACACUUCGAAAAUAAAUGAUUGUGAUGAAAAAUAAGUGUUUUCGUGUGUUUGGCCAACAACAACAACAACAUAUGUGAAUGUCCUUCACAGCAAAAACGUGAUUUAGGCUCAGGUGUGCGUCGACAUUCCGAAUUACAACAACAAAUCAGUCAUUCGACGCACUCUUUGUUUGGUUGCUGAAAAAUGUUUCGCAGUCGCAGUUGGUUUGGCUGGAAUAAGCCAAAGAAUCGCCUCUCAUUGGAUCAUCUGAAGUAUUUGUACGCGGUUCUUGAGCGAAACACAACAGUAUCCGAGCAUAAUCGUGGUUUACUUGUCGAAUCGCUGCGAUGCAUAGCCGAGAUUCUGAUUUGGGGUGAUCAAAAUGAUUCGUCGGUUUUUGAUUUUUUCCUUGAGAAAAAUAUGCUCUCAUAUUUUUUACAUAUUAUGCGACAAAAAUCCGGCGGAUCCAGCUUUGUAUGCGUUCAAUUACUACAAACAUUGAAUAUUUUAUUCGAAAAUAUUCGCAACGAAACAUCUUUGUACUACUUACUUAGUAACAAUCAUGUCAAUUCAAUUAUCGUCCAUAAAUUUGACUUUUCCGAUGAGGAUGUUAUGGGAUAUUAUAUUUUGUUCCUGAAAACAUUGAGUCUUAAACUCAACGUACAUACCAUUCACUUCUUUUAUAAUGAACACACCAAUGAUUUUCCACUUUAUACCGAAGCUAUUAAGUUCUUUAAUCAUCCGGAAUCAAUGGUUCGCAUCGCAGUCAGAACCAUCUCACUUAAUGUUUACAGAGUUGAAAAUAGUAAUAUGCUACAGUUUAUUCGUGAUAAAACUGCCGCCCCAUAUUUUAGCAAUUUAGUGUGGUUCAUCGGUAAGCAUAUUUUGGAAUUGGACUCGUGUGUUCGCAAUGAUAUUGAUCACCAAUCACAACAUCGUCUGUCCAAUCUUGUUGCCGAGCAUCUGGACCAUUUACACUACUUGAAUGAUAUUUUAUGCUUGAAUAUACCUGAUUUGAAUGCUGUUUUAACGGAGCAUUUGUUGCACAAGCUAUUUGUUCCGUUGUAUAUAUUUUCAUUGACACCGGCACCGCCCCCACUAUCAAUGGCAUUGAUAGCACAGAAUCUAGCGGCCGUUCUCAAUAAAACUGUUGAUAUUGAUAUCCAAGAGAUGAACAAUCCGCGUGUAUCGUGUGUGGUGGCAUUGUUUUUAUUAUCGUUGGUAUUUCUUGUGAUAACACACGGUCCGUUAGUGCAUGCAUUGGCUUGGGUCAUUUUAAACGCCGAUCAUAAUGUGUUUAAAGAUGGUGCCGGCGAAGUGUUGAAUGCGUACAUCGAGAAAAGGAGUGCAGUUGCACUGGGUUUUGCGCAGCCGGUUGAGAGUUUGGAGCAGGCGCUCGAUGGAUCGUCGACACCAUCACCAACCAAUGAAGUGUUUGACAAUGGAGCGAUGGGCGAACCAAGCACCUCCGAUGCCGCAAGUCGACAAGCACAGAGACUUUCUGUGGGAGAAGCCAUUGACGAAUCAACAGUCGCCAAUCAAUCAGCGUCCAUUGACAUUGAUGCGAUGAAUAUCACCGAUGAAGAAAAGGAAAAAUUGAAAAUAAGUUAUGGUGAAAGUGCAAGUAGCACCCAACCCGAUGCCUCGAACCGUCCCUUUUUAGACACAGUAUUAUCAGCGCUCGAUUGCAGCGAAAAUGACUACCUCGCCUUACUUGGUCUAUGUCUUAUCUAUGCAUUGGCCAACAACAAAGUCGGGGUUAAUUCAAAGUGGCUGGAUCAAGUACUCGGAACCCAGUCGAAUGUAAAUGCCAAAUAUAAAACUGUACUCAUCGAUCGAUUGCUGCAAAUCGUUCACAUCUCUGGACAAUUGUCAAGCCGUAUCCGUUUGAUAACCAUGGAAUUAACGCUUAAGCUGUUCGGUCAUUUUGUCAAAGACGAAAAUGAAAUCUACAAAUUAACCGAUUCACAGCACAACUCCAUUCAAUCAGCCCGUCAUCAUAGCAUGAUUGUGCUGCAAAAUUUCUACAAAUCAGAAGACAUAUUCCUCGAUCUGUUCGAAGAUGAAUUCAACGAGAUGACCAAAUCAAAUUUGAAUGUUGAAUUUUUAUGCAUGGAUUCAACGAUUUUAUUACCACCGACCGGUACGCCGCUUACUGGUAUCGGAUUCACACGGCGACUACCAUGCGGUGAGGUGGAGAAGGCCAGACGCGCCAUUCGAGUAUAUUUCUUGCUGCGACAACUAUGCCAGCAAAUGAACUAUGAAGAAGAAACGGUAUUACCGUUGACCAAUCACAGUACAUGCAUCAAUAUUGAUAAUAUUCUUGAUUUGAAUAACAGUGAUUUGAUAGCAUGCACAGUGCUGUUGAAGGACGGUUCAAAAUAUCGGCGUUUCCUUGUGAUUGAAGCUCUUCAAUUGGUGCUUGUAGAACCAGACUCAAAGCGACUGGGAUGGGGAAUCGCUAAAUUGGUUGGUUUCUUGCAAGACGUUGAAGUAACCGGUGACAAAGAUGAUUCACGUUGUUUGCAUAUUACAAUUCAUCGUGGCGGUGCGACAACAAAUCGAACGCCAAUUUUAUCAGCUAAAUUCGUAUUUGACGAUCAUAUUCGGUGUAUGGCGGCGAAACAGCGUCUGACAAAAGGACGUACCAAAGCUCGACAGAAGAAAAUGAAUCAAAUCGCACAAUUGCUGGAAAUAAGCGAUCAACAGCUAAAAAGUACGAUGGCACCCUCGUCACCUGGUAUGGUGUUGCCAAGUUUACGCCCCGGUUCGACAUCAAAGACAACACGUGAACAUCGUCCGCUAUUUUCGACAGCAAAUCGAGUGCCCGGCGUUGCGGCUGCAUUGCGACGGGAGAGUAUGCCAUCGGGCAGUGUGAGUCGAGUUCAAAUAACUCAUAACCGAUCGAUUGAACGGUAAGUGGGCUUGUCCCUUAUAUUUAUGUGCAAAAACAAAAAUUUAACGCAAUUUGUUUUUCUAUUCAGAGAACGAUCUCCAAGCAUUGCGGUUGGUGGAGCCAAAUCUAGGGAUACAUCGCGUAAUCGUGCGAAUGGCAACGGUAAAGUUCGAUCACGUGAAUCUAGUCCGAGAACACCACGACCAAGAUCUGAGGAAAUUCCCAUGGAAGAUUUUCGACAAUCAAGAAACUCAAGUCCAUCAUCGCGUUGUUCAUCACGAGCUGCAUCACGAUCACAUACACCAUCACGAUUGGGUGCUAAUGACAUAACAUUGUCAGUGCCCGUUCAAGAGCAUCAAUCGCUUGCCAAUAGUCCAAAUCUAAUAGCCGUCGCCGUCGCGGCAAAUGCAAGUUUAACCGAUGAAGAUACGAGCAAUGUCAAUUCCAUAGAAACAUCAUUCAUUGCACCAAAGAAAAAAGGUGCGAUUGAAACAGUAUAAAAAGAGACCUUCGAAUUAGAAUUAAAAUUGAAAUCCGACUUUUUUUAGAGUGAACACUUUGAACAGAAUCUUCAAUAUUUAUUGAUAUGAAAAAAUUAAGUUUUAUUGAAAUGGAGAUGGAUCCAUUCUACCUAAUAUGCUUAAGUCCAGUAGAAAAAUCAGGUUUAGUUUAAAAUCUGGUGCAAGCAAUGUAGAGAAAAAAAACAGAGAUCAUUGUUUAAUUUGUUACGCUAAUUGAUAUUCAUUACGAUGAAUAAUGUAAAAUAUUCACAGAGUGUUUAACAAACAUAUUUUAGAAUUAUAAGACGAAAACAUUGGAGAUUUUGUGACAACAAUUACAAAUAAAGUGAAGUUUUUUCUGAA